UUGUUUUGCUUUGAUUAUGUAUGCGGCGACCAAAUCCCGGAGAGUCUUUCCCCAUCUCUGCAAUUUGCGUCACCGGUUAAGCUAUGUGGCUGGCAUUGAAACCUCAUGUGAUGACACGGGCAUAGCCAUUGUUGACUCCAAUGGCCGAGUGCGAGGAAAUGUAUUAGAGUCUCAGCAAGAGUUCCACACGCGGUAUGGUGGUAUCAUACCUCCACGUGCCCAAGACUUACAUCGUUUACGUAUUAAGGAUGCAUUUGAACGAUGCCUGCAGGAGGCCGGUCUUGCGGCGGAAGAAUUAACAGCGAUCGCUGUGACCACUCGACCUGGUCUACCAUUGAGUCUUCUUAUAGGCCUACGCUUUGCCCGCCACUUGGCCCGAAAAUACAACAAACCUUUGUUGCCCGUCCACCAUAUGGAAGCUCAUGCUAUUCAAGCGCGUAUGGAACACAUUGCCGACAUUGAGUAUCCCUUCCUCUGCCUGCUUAUCAGCGGCGGGCACUGUCAACUAGCCAUUGUCAGGGGACCGGGCCGCCUAACCCUGCUUGGUGAGACUCUUGACGAUGCCCCUGGCGAAGCGUUCGAUAAAAUAGCUCGGCGUUUACGUCUUUAUGUACUGCCACAGUAUCGCCUAUGGAACGGUGGUCGUGCCAUUGAGCAUGCCGCAAAGUCUGCCAAAGAUCCACUAGCCUAUGAUUUCCCACUGCCGUUGGCUCAGCAAAGGAAUUGCAAUUUCAGUUUUGCUGGCAUCAAGAACAACUCAUUUCGGGCCAUCCGAGCACGUGAGUUGGCCGAACGAACUCCUCCCGAUGGUGUCAUCAGUAACUAUGCGGAUUUUUGUGCCGGCUUAUUGCAAGCUGUUAGUCGCCAUCUAAUGCAUCGUACCCAGCGUGCUCUCGAAUAUUGUUUGGACCCGAAAAACCAUUCUUUCGGCGACGCCCAUCCCACAUUAGUUGUUUCAGGGGGCGUGGCCAACAACGAUGCCAUAUUUGCCAAUAUCGAGCAUGUGGCUAAGGCAUACAACUGUCGAUGCUAUCGUCCAUCGAAGAAAUACUGCUCAGACAAUGGUGUAAUGAUAGCCUGGCAUGGAAUAGAGCAAUUACUAUACGAUAGCGUCAAAAAUCUGAGAUACGACUUAGACAGCAUCGAUAUACAAGGACAAGCUGGCUUCCUGAACUCAUCUGUGGACGAUGUGACUGGCGCAGCAAUAAAAUGCAAGUGGGUGCAGCCCAUCGGUCUACUACCAUCUGUUGCCCAUGCCUGUCAUAGUUAGCCAAAAUAAACAUAUGAACUAACUAGACUGAGUUUUUGUAAAUAGCAAUAGCUUUCUAUACUAAUUACAGAAUAAACAAUCAUUUUCUACCAUCUUUA